AAUUUCCAAUACAGAGCGUGUAUGAAGGUAUCUAUUAGUAAUUAGGUAUCUAUUGUGCGGCAGUAGCGAACGCUGGUGUAAAGAAGAGAAGUGGGCGGCUCACUAAGGUGAUUAUAUUUUCGUUACCAUCGGCAGAAAAAUUGGAACAUCCGAGGGUAUAGGAACUAUUAAAUUUAAAAACGUCCAGGAACAGCCUUGCAGAGAAAAGAAUUCUUCGUUUAAAUAUAAUUCCGGAUUUACUUUAAAUAAGACAAAAAUGUGGAGUACUAAAGGUAAUGCAGUAAUGUAUAUUGCUGUCGGUGUUAUCUUUGUCUACAACGUUGCAGCUAAUGCUGUACAUGAUAUUAUGCAACUACAUCAAUUGAAUCAUCAACAAAUCAAAAGACAGAAUGUGGAUUAUCAGGACCCAAGUUCAGGACAGCCAGACCAAGAGAUGUGCUUUACAAUACCUCAUUUGCAAGCUCUGAAAGAACAGUUUGCAAGUUACAUCGAUACCAAUCGUGAUGAACGUGCAAGUAAAGAAGAAAUCCUCGACUACCUUAAGAAGUACAACCCAACAACAACACCAGAACAAGUUGAAAAGUUCAUUGCAAGAAGAGACAAAGACGGUGACGGAUCAGUAGAUUUCAUCCCUGACUAUCUGAUGGAAGUCAGCUCACCAGACUUUGACUUAAACACCGCAAAAGAAUGGUUUGACCUUGAAGAUACAAAUGGUGACGGAUUUGUGUCACGUGACGAGCUUAUCGCUAUCGCAAUGAAAGUGGGCAUGCCUAGAAAGGAAGCGGAAAGAACAGCAGUUGGCUAUUACAUGUCAGCUGAUAAAAAUGGCGAUAACAAACUCUCAUGGGAAGAGUACAAACCCUUGUUCCUGGCAAAGUAACACUGAACAACAGCUCCCGGUGGUUACAGUACAUCGGUGACAAAGACACUUUUGCACAAGUGAUUAAAUGCACAAACAGUAUUUUUUAUUUAAGAAACACAUUUCGAUGCAGAACAUAAUUUCGUGCUUAGAAAUAUUCUUUCAACGUCGCAUAACUAAAUUACUUUAUUUAUUUACUUCUAUUAAAACAAAAUACUUUAUACACCUCCCUAUAAAAAAUUUUAUACUUUUUUUCUAAAAUAUUUGAUACAUUUCUCUUAUGAUACAUAGAAUUAAAGAUUAUACCCGCUUA